CGCCGAUAGAUUAAAAAAAGCUAACCUAUUAAAAAAUUAUACCCAUUAUACCAGUUCUCAACCAUUAUUUGUCAGGAGAUUAUAAAUUGUUGGUUCGUUUGCUACAGUUUGUGGAUCAUUAAAAACAAUAAGUCUUAUGGCACGUUUGUGCGUUGGAAAGUCCAAAUAAAGUGAUUUGUUUCAUUGAGAGUAGGAGAUAUUAAUAGAUUUCAUAAAAGGAAAAUGUCUCGUCAAGUGAUAUCGGUGUGCAUAUUUUGCUUUAUAUGCGCGACGCACUCUCCGUGUGCCUCGCACGCGAGCGUCGAGCGCGAAAACGUUCGACUCGGCGGCGCGGUGUACCACGAUCCGAACAAUCCGCCGCUGGUCGACAAUCUGCAGGGCGGCCUCAAGGACCAGAACUCGGCCCUCCAACCGGCGCCGAUCGGCUCACCCUACGACGACAUUGCGCGCAAACUGACGACGAAACGAAAAAGAAGAGAGGAGAGUGACGAGUACGUGCAAAAGAUUUUUAAAAAGUUCGGUGACGGUGACGUUUUGACGAUCGAAGGGUUCAACAAGUUGGUGCAAAAGUUGGACUUAAUGCCGCUGAUUUCGGACACUUUGGACAAACAUGACGUCAGUGAUGUACAUAAGCAAGUGGGGGAUGAAGAAAAGGCUGAUAAUUCAACGUGUUCAUCUCAUCAAGCCCUAAAAUACUUCAUCGACUCGAAAAACAGCACGGAAAACGGCACUUUCGAUGGAACGGAUUUUGCCAAGUCAUGCCCUGUACUGGUGUACAGCAUGCUGACCGACAGUUGCCGACAGCAUUCGCACCGACACUCGCACCUGGCCGAAGAUCACCGACACACGCCGAACAAAGUCAACGGCAUGGUGUGGUUCUACUCCAUCUUGGCUGUGAUAGUGAUCAGCGCGUGCGGACUGCUCGCGCUGAUCAUCAUACCUUUAAUGCAAAAAAGGUUUUAUAAACCCCUUAUACAAUUUUUGGUCGCCCUUGCGGUCGGAACCUUGGCAGGAGAUGCCCUUUUGCAUCUUCUGCCUCACGCAAUGAGCACGGGGUCGGAGGCGGAACAUCACCACGGCCCCGGUGGCGACGAGAACAUGUGGAAAGGAUUCGUCGCUAUGAUGGGGCUUACGUUUUUCUUUGUCAUGGAGCGCGUGAUCUUGCUCAUCGGCAAGUGGCGGAAAAGUAAGCAGAGAAAAUCGGCACAUUCACAUGUUAGAGUUGUAAAUGAAACUUGUAUGGACAAAUACAACUCCAUACCAUAUUGUUUUCAAGAUAUUAUGCAAGAUACAAAAACCAAAUACUACGACGCUGACAAAACUGGCACGACGAUGGUGGAUCUCGGCUCGAACUCGGACGGGCAGUCGUUCAAAAAGUCCCAUUCGGCCAACAUCGAGAAACCCGAAACCAACCAGAACAUGACGCAAUGCACGUCGGGCGACACCGCGUGCACCGAGUCCAACAAAAUGCUGCCCGGCGGCAAGCGCGACGACCACCAAGACAUUAUGGUGAUAUUGCGCGAGCACGAGACCUCGCACCACGGACAUUCGCACGCGCACGGCCACGUGCACGCCGCUCCGCAAAAUUUCAGCGCCGUGGCCUGGAUGGUCAUCAUGGGUGAUGGAUUACAUAACUUUACUGAUGGUAUGGCAAUUGGCGCCGCAUUUUCCGGCAGCCUUGCUGGAGGGUUUUCCACGACAGUUGCAGUAUUUUGCCACGAACUUCCACACGAGCUGGGCGACUUCGCCAUGCUUCUAAAAGCUGGUAUGACAAUAAAACAGGCAGUGUUCUACAACCUGCUCUCCAGCGUAUUGUGCAUAUUCGGAAACAUUUUUGGAGUCUGGUUAGGCAACACCGAGUACGCUAGUUCCUGGGUUUUUGCCGCUGCAGCCGGGAUGUUCCUCUACAUAGCCUUGGUCGACAUGAUCCCCGAACUGAGUUCAGCGCACGAAGACGAAAGUAACAUUACUCAAUGCAUACUGCAUCUAAGUGGUCUAUUCCUCGGGGUGGGAAUAAUGACUUUGAUUGCCUUCUACGAACACGACCUAAAAAACAUUUUUCGCGAUCCCGUAUAAGUAAAUCUGCAUUUUUUAUUUUUCUACAAGACAAUAUUUUUUUUUCUAGUUUUUUAAGACCCUUUUUUGUUUUGCUUGCUAAGAUGAAGUUAAAAAAUCUGCCUACUGGCUGAUGUUUUUUUUAAUUUCACUGGUUUUGAUAAUUUACAUAUCAACAGUAUUAAUUUUCAAAGGCUUUAUAUAAGGCUCGUUUUAUUUUUGUGUUUCGGGAUGGGAUUAAGAAAUUCAUACAUCUUACAGUAGGUAACAUAUAUAAUCACAGGGUAAAGGUGAUGGGCAUUCACUUCAAACCCUUUGUCUUCUUUUUGAGUUGUUGCUAAAAAAUCUAUUUUAUAAGCUUUUGAAUAUUUAUAAGUAACAAAAAAUAGAGUUAAGCUUGAGUUAGACCAUUAAUAGUGUGAUAAUUUAUGUUGAUUUUUUAUAACAUAACAUGUUCAAUUUUGUUUCCAAUUUGUUUAUACCAUUAAAUGAAGUUUUGAAAUUA